AUGUCUGCUGAAAAUAAUGGGUCAUCAGGAGCAUCACGUCCUCGCCAUCCCACAACUUCCCAAUGCUCCACACAGACCCUACCUUCAGAGGGAGAAGAUACCGAAGCAGAACUGGAUGAGGAGACUCUGCAGGAUGAAUCUCUACCUCCUGAAGAGGAAGAGACUCUGAAGGAGGAAGAGUAUCCAGAGGAAGAAGAGUAUCUGGACGAGGAAGAGUAUCCAAGGGAGGAAGAAGAGUAUCUGGACAAGGAAGAGUAUCCAAGGGAGGAAGAGUAUCCAGAGGAAGAAGAGUAUCUGGACGAGGAAGAGUAUCCAAGGGAGGAAGAGUAUCCAGAGGAAGAAGAGUAUCUGAACGAGGAAGAGUAUCUAGAGCAGGAAGAGUAUACAGAGGAGGAAGAGUAUCUGGAGGAAGGAGAGUAUCUGGGGAAAAAAGAAUACCUGUAUGAAAACUUUCUGGAAGAGGGUGAGUACCUGGAGGAGGGAGAGUAUCUAGAGGAGGAAAAGUAUCUGGAAGAGAAAAAGUGUCUAGAAGAGGGUGGGAGCAUGGCCGCUGGUACCUCUCAGGAGACCACCGUCCUGGCUGUCUCACCUACCUCGGCUGCCUCUCCUCCAGUCUCUGAACCCGAACCUGCCGCUGAGUGUCCUGACAUGUGCACGACGUUGCCUAAAUCCUACACAAGAGACCGGGCCAGUCAGACGGACUGGACCUACGACAGCAACCUGGCUUUUGAUGCACCUUCCAAAACUGAAAACAUGGAUUUUGUUUCUGAAGGGAACUUUUGGCCUGAUGUGACAGAGGAGCCCAUUCAGAUGCUGGAAGACGACUUUGAUGAGCAAUUUUUUAACAGCUCCUACCAGAGAGUGUUUAGGAAGAUAAUCGAAGAAAUGGCUGCUCGCAAUGAACUGGAAGAGGAUUUUGACAUUCCCCUGGCUGAGCUGCUGGAAAGUGAAAACAGAAGGAAACUGGGAAUUCUGUUGAAGAAAAACUUUGAGACGUAUAAGAAAGCAAUCCUGUGGAUUUUGAAGCGGCGACGUGAAGGUCAAAAGUUGACAGAGUUGUCCACUCUUACAUUUCAUUUAUUAACUCAACCACCACAAUUUGAGGAGCCUGAGAAAGAAAGAAUCAAAAAACGUCGUAUUGUUCGUCCUAAAAAGAAGUUACAACUAGAUACAGAAUGGAUAAUGGGGAAGACAAAGGAACAUCAAGGAGAUGGAAAAUUAAUUCUCUACCCCAAUGAGAAUGUCUUCCAAAUUCUCUUUCCUGAUGGGACAGGCCAGAUACAUUAUCCAUCAGGAAACCUGGCUAUGCUCAUCUUCUGUACGAAGGAUAAAAAGUUCACAUACAUCAUUCUGGAAGACAGUGAGGAAGGGUGGAUCCGGGCCCUUAUUGACAACUCCGGCCAUGCCACCUUCUAUGAUGAAAACCAGGAUAUCUGGCUGAGCCUGAGCCUCAACCUGGGCUACUACUUCGCCAGAGACAGAGGCCCGAAGGCCUGGAACUGGUGGAACCUGGACAUCCACGUGCACGCGCCCCCUGUGCAGCCCAUCUAUGUGAAAAUCAACCAGUACAUCCAGGUGCAUGUCAGGAGCCAGGAUAAGAUCAUCUUCUGCUUCACGCACCAACAGAAGCGGAUUUGUUUAAACCUGGGCACCAGGUUCAAGUUCGUAACCCCGGAGGUGCUGAGUGCGAUGAGGAAGAAAGCAAUCCUGCAGGUGGAACCCGGCCCGGCGGCUCGGAAGAUCCAGAUCCUUCUGGGAAAAAUGAGUAGGAUCCUGAAUUUCCUGACCGUCCCUGAUUUGGAAAACUUCAUAGAGGCCGGCUAUAUGUUGCCAGUGGGCAACACAUACCCAAAGAAGAACUCUCACGUCUGGUUUUAG